AUCCUGACCUGAAGAUCCUUUGAUUAACUCAGCCAUGUUCAAAUUCCUCUCGGAGAAGCAGAUAUCGCUGCCUGAACACAACUGCGUACUUCCGCACGCACUCCGCGUUCCCUCCCUCCAGAAGCUCGUAGGCAAGCGCGUCGUCCUCGCGUCGAAUAGCCCCCGACGGAAGGAGAUCCUCCAGAUAUUUGGCCUUGCCCCGGAGAUCGUCCCUUCGACAUUCAAUGAGGAUCUAUCUGUCGGCUCCUUUGAGGAUAUACACGAAUAUCCGGUGGCUACCGCCAGUCACAAAGCCGUCGAGGUAUAUGAACGACUGGUGCGCACAAAUCCCGAGGACGCCCCUGACUUGGUCAUCGGAGCGGACACCGUCGUCCUCACACAUCCGUCGCCUGGACUGGCGAGUACCUCUCCCUCGGACGUGCCCCUUGAGGCCCAAGACCUAAUGGAAAAGCCCAUCGGCAAGAACGACAACAUGCGGAUGCUGCUCGACCUCAACGGGGGCGUAUGCGAGGUCGUCACUGGCGUGACAGUCGUCUACCCCGUCCUAGAAGCGCCCGGAUACAAGUUGAAAUCAAUAGAAGAGCGCACGCUGGUCUAUUUCGCCGAGAAUCCACGGGAGCUCCUCGAGGCAUACGUGGAGAGCGGCGAGGGACUCGACCGCGCCGGCGGGUUCGCCGUGCAGGGUCUGGGCGGCAUGCUAGUCCGCAAGGUGGACGGCGACUACCAGAACGUCGUUGGCUUCCCUGCCGCGUCCUUCUUUAAGUUCUUGGACAUGCUUCUCGAGGAGGAGAGUGACUUCCUUGCCGUAUAGAGUAUAUCGCGUCCCGGCGCAGCGACGUCGUCGUGCUGCCGGCGCCGUGGCAUCGCAACCCGCGCGUGUUGCCGUGCAAUUACAAUAGACAUGGACUGGCUCAACCGU